AUGCUACCUGUGGGCAAGAGGGGCAGUUAUGAUAGCAGAAUUAAGGCCAACGCUCCAUCUGAUGCCCAAGAGGACAGAGAGACUAAUACUAAACCCAAAGGGCGUGGAGAUGCAGGGACCAACAGCCUCAAUGCCGCGCUCUUUCUUGCAGCAGAACACGGCCAUGCUGGUGUGGUCCGCACCCUCGUCCAGAGUGGUGCAGAUGUGAAUGCCGCUGAUGAAAAUGGCAACACCUCCCUGCACCUGGCCAUCCGUUUCAAGCACCAGGAUGUGGUGACCGUGCUGCUGAGGCAUAAUGCUCGGAGGCAUGUGCAAAACUUUGAUGGGCUUGAACCUCUGCAAUUGGCCGCCAAAGUUGGUUUUGAUGUGGGAGUCAAGUUACUGCUUCGAGGGACUUGAUUUAGGAAAGGGAUGGAAAGAAGGAACAAAUCGGAAUCGUAUACCUAGGUAGACGUCGGGCGUUGGGUGUAAUUGUAUCUAGUACUUUUGUUUAUCUAUCAAUUCCAUUAUUCCAAGAUGGGUGGUUAAUUAAUAGAAUUGGGGGUUUUUUUUAACCAAAAAAAAGGGUGGGUUAUGUGUAACGAAUAGGGAUUGAGAAAUCCAGUCCCAAGUCAUGGGAAACAAGUGGCCGCACAAUAUGUUUUGACGGUAUCCUAGGAUGCUACUGGUUCAUUCUG